AUGGCAAAACGUCGAGCAACCUAUCUACCUAGUCCUGCACCUGCAUCCUCCCAAAUCACCAACAUCCCUCUUCCUCAUGCCACCACUCCUCUCAGUCAAUCAAGAUUUAAACGACCCAAGCUCACCCAUACUUCCCAUACCGAUGUUGUGUUAGAACCUUUCUCGUACCCAGAGUCGGAGGAUGAUCAACGAAUUGAAAAUGAUGAUGAUGAUGAUGAUGAUGAUGAACCGGAUGAUAUUCUUCUUACACCUAGAGAAGGGAUCAUUCCCACUGUCACUUCGACAACGAGUAGGAUAAUCUCAAGUAAAUCAACCUUUAUUUCACCGUCACCAUCAAAGAAGACAUUCAGAUUGAAUCCUAAGACAAUCAUCCAUCCGGACGAAAUAGACGUUUUCAUUCCCUUAAACCAUCCCACUUCAACUUCAACUGAUGCUAUCGAUCUACCACUGCCGCCUAGAAUAGAGAUACCUUACAAGUCACCUACGAAGGUCAUACCGAAGAAGAUGAUGAAGAAUGGUAGAAGGGUGUUAAACAAGGAGAUGACAGUGGAUGUACUGGAAGAAGCUAUGGAUUUCCUCUAUGAGAAUUUCACUUCGGAUAGGUUAUCCAAAAAGUAUAAAAUGUCAAAAUCUGAACUUCGAGAUCAAUUCAAUUCAUACUCUUCCCGUCCCGAUGGCUUGAUUCAGAUGAAUAUCCGUAAGAAGGUGAUGGACAUGUUUGGGAUGUAUUUGACGUUCUUAUUGCCUAGUUUGAAUCAUCUAGAUGGGGUUGGGCUCGAUAGGAGUACACAAAAGGAAAGGACGGGAAGCGAUGAAGGAUGGGAGGAAAUGGGUAGGGACGAUAGUUUAGAAGACGGCCGUUCGUUGGAGACAAGGGGAGUCAGAGACGAGUGCGACGAGCAAGGAAGGGAGGAUACCAAGGAGGAAGCCGAAUAUGGCAAUGAAUCUGGCUCGGAGGAUCAGGACGAAGAUGUGGACGAAGACGUAUCGAUGGGAGACGACUAA